AUGGGGUACGUUGGAACUCCCAGUGGAAGAGCCUGCAGUCUGCAGCGAUACCCCUCUCGAAACCGAAAGUUACUCGGUUUAUACCAAGACUCGGAAGGAGAUCUUUUCCAUGCACAUUUGCCUCCAGCUUUCUUCGUAGACUGUUUUUCUAACUGCACGUUAAACUAUAGCACGAACUAAACGCGUUGUAGUAGUACCACGGCGGGUUGCCUAUCGCCCAGGAAGCCCGUGUGACUCAAGCGGAACGCUUUGCUCAACUCGCAUCUGAAACAGACGAUUCCUACAAGAAGAUGGCAUUGUGUGGAACCUGUGUGGACUUCACAGAUAUACCAAAGCGUUUUUUAGACGAUACAGAUACAGAUACAGACUCACAGGACGAUGCAGAGGACGACAUAGAGAUGUGUAUUUCAGACAGCACAACUGAGAGCUAUGGAAGAAGGAAAGGUACAACAGAGGAGAGAGAUGUCACAGCACAGAAGGCCCGCUGUCUGAUCAGCUUGCUGGUGGAAAAGGGGUGUGAUGCAUGUGGAAAAUUCAUCUUCAAACUCGCAGAGAGGGACCCCAAUCUCUAUAGUACUCUUAGGCUUCAUCAUGACAGUAGGAUUCUGUUCCGUAUGAUUCCGAAGUACAUUAAGAGUGCUGCAGUACUCGAGGGGCUGCUUAAGGACAUGCAGGAGAUGAAGCAGCUGAGUGAUGGAGAGGUGGAGAAAGUGAAGAAACAGGCCAGCACACAGCGCAUGACCUCCCACCUGACAAGCAUGGUGAUGAAGAAGGGGGAUGCCAUCAGAGAGAACUUCCUCUCCAAACUCGCAGAGAGGGACACCGAAUUCUACAGAAAAUGUAGUCAUGAUUUGGACCCAGUUUGGAGGCUAAGGGAGGUGCAAUCCCAGUUUGCCGAGAGAGUGAGUGAUGCCGUGAUCGAGGGGCUGCUGAAGGACAUGCUGGAGAUGAAGGUGCUGAGCGAUGAGGAUGUGGGGGAAGUGAGGGAUGCUCCCCAGAAUACCGGACUCCAGUCUUGGUUGGUGGAGCAGAUCAACAGUGGGCGGUACCCUGGUCUGAGCUGGACUAAUGAGGCACUAAAACAGUUUCGAAUCCCAUGGAAACAUCACCACCGGAAGGACUCGACACCUGAGGACAGAAUGAUAUUCAAGGGCUGGGCAGUGGCGACAGGUCGUUACUGGGAGGGUAUUGACAAGCCCGAUCCUGCUGCCUGGAGGAGGAAUUUCCGGUGCGCUCUGGCUAAAGACAAGAUCCUGGUGUUGCGUGCUGAUCACAGUCAAGAUGCAGUCGAUCCACACAAGAUAUAUCAGAUCUUUAGCAACGCAGAUUCCAGAUUGGAAGAAAGAGGCAGGCUGCCAUCUCUCCUAAACGAACAUUUUAGCAACCGCUUGUCCUUUAAGAUCACAGAAUUAAUCACAUUUCGACCUACAAUACACCAUGAGGGAUACCGUAAAUACUACAGGUGGGGUCACGAUGUCAUGUUCGAUGAGACGGGUCCUCCCUGGCAGCGGCAUGGGGGAGAUGUGGCUCCAUAACACCUCUCUGUUUACCCAUUUCUUCAGGAGGUUGACAUGGUAUAUCUGCUCUACCUUUCGCCUCCCCGGCUGGCGUACUUUAUAAUUAACCAGUCCUAUUUUCUCGAUCACCUCGUAAGGACCCCUCCAGGUUGCCAAAAACUUGCACUCUGAGGUAGGUACUAAUACUAACACCCUAUCACCAGGUAAGAACUCUCUCGAGGGAACAGGGCGGUUGUACGCCCGCCUUUGCGCUUCUUGUGCUUGUUGCAGAUGUUCGCGCACAAUGGGCAUCACUGUAUUUAUACGAUCGCGCAUUGUUUCCACAUGUUCAAUGACGGUCUGGUGGGGGCACGGCUGCUUUUCCCAUGACUCCUUCGUUAUAUCUAGCAGUCCCCUGGGUACAUAAGAGUAUAACAACUCAAAGAGUGAAAAACCUGUAGAGGCCUGUGGUACUUCCCGAAUGGCAAAAAGUAAAAAGCAGUUGAUCCCAAUUCCCCCCAUCCUUUUCCAUUGUUUUCCUAAGCAUGCUUUUUAACGUUUUGUUAAAUCUCUCCACUAAUCCAUCCGUCUAUGGAUGGUAAACUGAAGUCUUCAGUUGUUGUACCUGUAGAAGCCGACAGAGGUCUCUCAUGAUCCUUGACAUGAAUGGCGUGCCCUGGUCGGUCAGAAUCUCUCUGGGUAUGCCCACCCGGGAAAACAUCUGGAGUAGCUCCUUGGCGAUCACUUUCGUGGCCAUGGUGCGGAGAGGUAUGGCUUCUGGAUAUCGUGUGGCAUAGUCAAUCACUGCUAGUAUGUACUGAUAUCCUUUCGCUGAUUUAGGCAGCGGUCCCACUAGGUCCAUCGCAAUACGUUUGAAAGGAGUAUCGAUGAUGGGCAGUGGGAUCAAGGGGUUCCGGAAGGAAGGAAGAGGAGCGUGUUGCUGACAGUCCGGGCAUGAUCGACAAUAGUUUUCUACCUCUGCAUGUACUCCAGGCCAAAAAAAACGUUUGAGCACUCUCUCUUUUGUUUUGUCCAUGCCCAGGUGUCUGCCGAGCAGGUGACUGUGCGCAAGGUUUAGCACCGUUCUUCGGAAAGGCUGGGGUACAAGUAAUUGUUCAGUUAUUUCUGUCUCUGUUUUGCUUACUUGAUACAACAAGUCCUGUUUGAGGGCAAAAUGGGGGUAGGUAAGCAUUCGGUCUGGGUUCAACUGGUGCCCGUCUACUACUUGCACUUUACUUCUGGCGUGUUGUAGUGUAGGGUCCUCUAAUUGUGCUGUUCCAAAGCGGCCCCUGUACUGAGUCAGGGGAGGGUUGGGAGUACUGACCUCAUCCUCUGCUACUCCGUUUAUCUCUGUGCUUUGGUUUUCUUCUUCCAGCAGGUUAUCUCAGGAAUUCCGCCAUCUCCUUCAAAAGCCGGCCUCACCUGGGCUUCCUCCUCACCCAGGUUGAACUUGACUGAAUGUGAAAACGAUCCAGAGGCAAGCCAUCCGCUCUGGCGGGCAAACAACACAGCAGACGACCGAAGAUGGACAGCGAAUAUAUUAGGGCCUCUUUUAACUCCCCUCUUUGUUCAGCAAUGGAUUCUGCAUUAUACGGCAGUGGUUCAUGUCACAGACCAAGAAAGUGGUCCACAUCACUCACUGGGUACCAGCACAAAACCAUUUGGAGCAAAUAAAAAGUUUGUGAUGUUAUUUGGCGACUCACAUCACAGAAGCCUGGCCGAUGGUUUUGUGACAAUGCCACUCGGGAACCUGAGAUUUGGCUUCAGCUCCACUCCUGCUGCCUGUGCAGCAAUAUUGAGGAAGGAAAUUCUGAGAGAAACCUAACCUGAAGAACCAGAUUUAGUGGUUCUUUUAGCCCCUGGUAAUAACCUCACCAAGAGCAACACCAUCAAGGAAGCUGGCAAGGAAUCUGCUACCCUUAUCCACUCAGCACAGCAUAGGUGGAAUAAGGUCCCGGAUUACUGAGGCGUUCAGCCCCUCGAUGAGCCUCGUCCGCACCGCCUUCAACCUCUCUCCUGAGACACAACAAGCAAUCAUUAAUCCAGCACUCAAAAUACAGCAACGCAGAGCCUUCAACCUCUCACCUGAGACACAACAAGCAAUCAUUAAUCCAGCACUCAAAAUACAGCAACGCAGAGCCUUCAACCUCUCUCCUGAGACACAACAAGCAAUCAUUAAUCCAGCACUCAAAAUACAGCAACGCAGAGCCUUCAACCUCUCAUCUGAGACACAACAAGCAAUCAUUAAUCCAGCACUCAAAAUACAGCAACGCAGAGCCUUCAACCUCUCACCUGAGACACAACAAGCAAUCAUUAAUCCAGCACUCAAAAUACAGCAACGCAGAGCCUUCAACCUCUCAUCUGAGACACAACAAGCAAUCAUUAAUCCAGCACUCAAAAUACAGCAACGCAGAGCCUUCAACCUCACCUGAGACACAACUAGCAAUCAUUAAUCCAGCACUCAAAAUACAGCAACGCAGAGCCUUCAACCUCUCACCUGAGACACAACAAGCAAUCAUUAAUCCAGCACUCAAAAUACAGCAACGCAGAGCCUUCAACCUCCCACCUGAGACACAACAAGCAAUCAUUAAUCCAGCACUCAAAAUACAGCAACGCAGAGCCUUCAACCUCUCACCUGAGACACAACAAGCAAUCAUUAAUCCAGCACUCAAAAUACAGCAACGCAGAGCCUUCAACCUCUCACCUGAGACACAACAAGCAAUCAUUAAUCCAGCACUCAAAAUACAGCAACGCAGAGCCUUCAACCUCUCAUCUGAGACACAACAAGCAAUCAUUAAUCCAGCAGUCAAAAUACAGCAACGCAGAGCCUUCAACCUCCCACCUGAGACACAACAAGCCAUCAUUAAUCCAGCAGUAACACACUCAAAAUACAUCAAGAACACUCCAGCCAUGGUAGUUAUUUCAACACGAGCGCCGUGCAGCAAACGUUACUGUUUUCAGAUGUUGAGGUUUUGUGUUUUUAAAAAUGUAUUCUAAACUGAUUUUUUUCUUUAUAGAGUUCUUAUAAAAAAGCUAAUACUUUUUGACAUAGAUAAACACAUUUUUAUUAUUAUUUUGUUAUUUAGCAGACGCCUUUAUCCAAGGUGACUUACAGAGACCAGGGUGUGUGAACUGUGCAUCAGCUGCAGAGUCACUUACAAUUACAUCUCACCCGAAAGACGGAGCACAAGGAGGUUGAGUGACUUGCUCAGGGUCACACAAUGAGUCAGUGGCUGAGGUGGGAUUUGAACCGGGGACCUCCUGGUUACAAGCCCUUUUCUUUAACCACUGGACCUCACAGCUGCAUGUAGUCAAAAAGCAAAUCAAAUAGAGACUGCAUUAAAAAUUGAUGUUUGAAUCCUGAACUGGGAGUACAUCCAAACCUGAACUGUUUUUAAAUCUCGCCUUAAAACAUAUUUAUUUAAAUUGACAUUCUUUUAAUUCGUUGUUUUUAUUAUUUUGAUUUUUAAUGUUGUUAGUUGUUUGUAUCCAAUUCUGUAUAGGUGAUGAGUUUAGUUUUAUUGCUAUUUUACUUGUCUUCCUUUGCUGUGUUAAGCGCUUUGUGAUAAUCCUUUAAGAAAGGCGCUAUAUAAAGUAAAGAUGGGGGGGGGGGUGAAAUAAAAGUGAUUACCACUUACCAGGUGGAGCUUGACCUGAUGAACUGAAACCUGAGAAAAUAAAAGUACUAUUAUACACACCUAUAUUAUAUAUACACACACAGUCACCUCCAGAAUUAUUGGCACCCUUGAUAAAGAUGAGCAAAAAAGGCUGUACAAAAUAAACAACACAGGUUAUGAGCUAUAUUUUAUGCUUAAAUAUAUGGGAAAACCAUAUUCUUUUAUUCUAAUACAAUUGCUCAGAGAAAAAGUUUUUUAUUAACAAGUAAUACACAUUUUUCUCAAAAAUAAAUUUAUAAUU